GACAUUGCCAUGGCAUGCAUGAUUCCUUCUUGUGUCUGAAAGCGAAGGCCUGCAGGAGCAUGGCAGAGGUGCUGGGACAAAGAAGCUUGCUGGGUUUUGGUGUGGUGUUGGCAUGGCUAAUACUGUUUCACCUGCUGGUCAACAUCUGGCUUCUGUGCAUUUUCACCAGCCUGCUGCUGGUGCUUGGAGGGUGGUUCGGCUCACAGGCCAUCUUGGAGUCAAACCGCGUGAUUCACCUGGAAAGGUUUAUCACUUUGGAACGGGUUCAGUCAUCUGAACAAGAUGAGCACAAUUUGGACCAAGAGAUCCACAACACAGUGAGAAAAAUCAUAAAGGAUUUUGUCACCUGCUGGUACUCGACCGUGUCCUCAGAGAGUUGUUUUGAAAAGGAUGUUCAAGAAGCCAUGAUCUCCAUGGCCAUGGAGCUCAAACAGCGUGCAAGACAUGUUGACAAGAUG